AUGAAGGCUGAACUGGAUGCUUUAGAAUCCAACAACACUUGGACUCUUACUUCUCUUCCUCCUAGCAAAGACCCUAUUGGAUGCAAGUGGGUUUACAAGAUCAAGGGUUGUUCCGAUGGCACCAUUGAGCGUUAUAAAGCUCGUUUUGUGGCUAAAGGGUACACUCAAAUCGAAGGUCUUGACUAUCAUGAUACUUUCUCUCCCACAGCCAAAAUGCUUACAGUUCGUUGUCUUCGUGCCAUUGCCAUUGCAAAUCAUUGGACUCUUCAUCAACUUGAUGUGCAUAAAACAUUUCUUCGUGGGGAUCUUCAUGAAGAAAUUUACAUGUCUCUUCCUCUUGGUUUUCCGUGA